AUGGGUUGGAUGAAGCAGGCGGCCGUUUUGGCCGCGGUAUCCCUGGCCGGUGUCGGUCAGGCCGUUAUCACCGCCGCCAACGGCAAUUGUUUCCCUCCAGGAACGCAAACCGCCACGACCUCGGUCAUCUCGCAGAUGACCCAGGAGAAGUGCAACACCUUCUGCCAAGGUUACAGCGUGUUCGGCAUCUACGAGUCGGCUGCCAACGUGUUCACCUGUGGCUGUGGUGGCGUCCCUACGGCCGCAACUACCUCGGAUAGCAACUGCAACACGCUCUGCCCUGGUGAUAGCACUCAAACUGAGAACUGCGGUGGUACGGCUGGUGAAAUCCACUUCAACGUAGUCGCCAGCUCCACCACCACCACCUCAACCACAUCUACCUCUUCCAGCUCUUCCUCCUCUACCAGCCUGACCACCACUACCACUACCACUACCACUUCCUCCUCUUCGUCGUCUUCAUCCUCCUCCUCGUCUUCGUCCUCGUCUUCGACGGACACCUCGAGCCACUCGACGACGACUACCACUACUACUAGCCCCACGUCGACCUCUACGACUUCGACGUCUUCUACUAGCAGUGGCACGACCACGACAACGUCGUCAAGCAGCUCCAGCAGCGCUGGAACCACUACUAGCCCGACGUCGACAACCUCUUCGUCCUCUAGCAGCUCCAGCAGUGACACCUCCAGUCACUCGACCACCACGAGCAGCACAGCCACCACCAGCCCGACGUCGUCCUCUUCGUCCACUGGCAGCUCCAGCAGCUCCAGCGGCUCCAGCAGUUUGUCGACUACGACUACCUCGCCUACUAGCAGCGGAAGCACCACCUCCACUGGCUCAUCUGCUUCUUCAAGCUCGAGCAGCUCCCAGAGCGACACCUCCAGUCACUCCUCGACAAGCACCACUGCCGCAACUUCUUCCUCGACUGGAACGAGCUCCGCCUCUGGUACGCUGAGCACCAGCGGCUCUUCCAGCAGCUUGUCGUCGUCUUUGUCGACCUCUGCUGCCGGCACCUCGAGCUCCGCUUCUACCACUGCUGCUGGUUCUAGCACAUCGACCACUGCUGCCGCCAGCUCUUCGUCUUCCGUUGCUGCUUCCAGCUCGUCAUCUUCCGUUGCUGCUGCCAGCUCAUCCUCCUCGGUUGCCUCUGUCGCCAGCUCUUCGUCUUCCGUCGCUGCCGCCAGCUCAUCUUCCUCCGUUGCCGCCGCCAGCUCGUCCUCCUCCGUUGCUGCCGCCAGCUCGUCGUCCUCCGUUGCGGCUGCCAGCUCCUCUUCUGCCGCUGCUGCUAGCUCUUCGUCCUCCGUUGCUGCUGCCAGCUCCUCUUCUGCCGCUGCCGCUAGCUCUUCGUCGGCCCCUGCUGCUAGCUCUUCUGCUGCCCCUGCUAGCUCUUCGUCUGCUGCCGCCGCCAGCUCUUCAUCUGCUGCCGCCGCCAGCUCGUCCUCUGCUGCCGCUGCUAGCUCUUCCGCUGCGCCUGCCAGUUCUUCGGCACCUGCUCCGUCUUCGACUGCUGCUCCUUCCUCGUCGGAUGCCCCUGCUUCAUCAGCUGCCCCAACCACAUCUGCGGCUGAGCCUGGCCAGUCUUCCAUCGCUGUCCUCAGCCCUGAUCCGGUGCCUUUCUCGAAGGCUCUCGAGAUUCAGCCCGGCGAAGCUGUUGUCGUUGACAUUCCCAACACGAGCGGUAACGCGGAGAGGUUUGUUGUCCAGUCACAGGGAUGCAGAGGUGUUCCCGCUGGAGAGUCGCCCUUCGAGAACACUGUCAACCCUCCCGAUGCUUCUACCGCCCCUGCCUGCGCGGUUGCUUGCGCUUCCCAGUCCCUGCCCUACACUACUGUCAUUAGAGGCCAAUGCUUCUGCGGUUCUGUUCUCAGAACUUUGCCUCUCAUUCCUGCUGAUCAAUGCGCUGCCGCUGCGAGCAGCCGUCGUCGCAGCGCCCUCAGACGCCAGGCCGGUACUGUUGAUCCCGCCACGAUCCUCAGUGUGACACCUGCCAACCAGGUUGCCCUUGCUGCUGCCUCGACUACUUUGAGCUCAUCCAGCGUUCCUUCUGCCGUGGUCAACACUGACACGAACAUCCAGUUCGUCCCUACCAACACUGGAACGUCCGUCGCCAGCGCCAGCUCCACCGCCUCUUCCGGAACUUCCACUGGUACGGGCUCCGGCACGACCUCUGGAACGGCCUCUGCCUCCAACUCCGCGUCCAACUCCGCGUCCAACUCUGCCUCCAGCUCUGUCACCAGCGCCGCCGCGGCUUCUGCGACCGACUUCAUCCUCGCCAUUGUCGGCGGAAGAGCACCUACCAGCUCCUCAAGCUCUUCCAGCACUGCCACAUCGUCCUCAAGCUCUUCUACUGGCAGCAGCAGCAGCAGCGGCAGCAGCAGCUCCACUGGCUCAAGCUCCUCUGGUACUUCUUCUAGCAGCAGCUCUUCUGGCAGCUCCUCGGGCAGCACCUCUUCUGGAUCUACCUCUACUGGCUCCAGCUCCAGCUCUUCUGGAUCAACCACUGCUAGCACUACGGAUACUUCUACCAGCUUGUCCAUUACCAGCUCUGCUUCCACCAGCAGCUCUACUAGCGCACCGUUCUCGAACUCCACAACUGCUCUUACCAUGAAGAAGCGUGGCCCUAUCAUGGCGCACCUCAUGAACCGCCAGAGCGGCGGAACCACCUACGUCGGUACCACUGGUCAGACCAACCCUACCAACUGCAACCAGGCUGCUGUAUUCAGAAUCGGCGCUUCUGGCACCCUUACUGUUGAUGGCGUCGCCCUCAGUGUCAACCCCAACACGCCUUUCAUUGCUCUGCGCUCCGGCAGCACCGGAUCGAUCACCGCGACUUUCACCCUUAACAACGGUGUCUUCGUAUGGUCCAACUCAGCCUUCUCUGGGGGACAGGCCGGCUUCUGCCAGGACAACAGCGGUCAAGUUUACGCUACCUUCGGAACCACCGUCCCGCCCAACUGUACUCCGGUCACCCUGAGCGCUACUCCUCGUUCUUCCUGCACGGCCAGCGGUAGCACUACCAGCCUCCCCGCCUCCACUGCCGCUACCAACUCUGCCACAACCACUCCCGCCGGUGUUUCUACCACUACCGCCAACCCUGGAUCGACCGCUUCCUCCAGCCUUACCACCACCCGCUCUGGAAGCGGCACAACUACGCCCGCUGGUUCCACUACCGCUCCUACCGGUGGCUCUACCUUUGUCAGCGGUGGCUCGACCUUCGUCACUGGCGGUUCAACUGUUGUCUCUGGUGGCUCUACCAUCGUCUCGGGCAGCUCCACGUUCGUUUCCGGCGGCUCUACCUUCGUUACCGGAGGUUCUACCGUUGUCACUGGUGGAUCUACCAUCGUCAGCCCUACCACUGGUCCUGCCGGCGGCGCGACGACCGACAGCACCGCUGCCGCAGCCACCUCCAGCAUUGCUCCCAACCCUGUCGCUGUUGAUGGCUUCUCUCUCUUGGGAUGCUUCGCCUCGUCCAGCAACUUCCCCUCCUUUGUUCUGGCCUUGUCUGACCCGUUGUUGACCCUCGAGAAGUGCACCGCUGCCUGCCCCGCCAGCUCCAGACUUGCUGGUUUGUUUGGUACCGACUGCUACUGUGGUGACAUCAUCGACAACACUCUCACCAUCCUCGUUCCCGAGGCCCAGUGCAACACUAUCUGCCCCGGUAACCCUCUCCAACGCUGCGGUGGUCGCGCCUCUUCCGUCCGUCUGGCCCGUCGCCAGAUCCCGACUGAUGUCCGUCUUACCGUCUACGUCCGUCUUGACGUCUCCCCACCGGUUGUCUCCACCGUCACCAGCAUCAGCGUCAGCACCGGCGCCGGUACCACCGCGUCCGUCACCGUCGUCAACACCAUCACCGAGCCUGGUACCACCAUCACUGGUGCGCCGGUUCCCACCAGCACUGGCCCCAACAUUGCAGGAACCCUCACUCUGCCCCCCGGUCUGUACACGGCUGGCGCUCCUCUGCCUGGUGGCGAGGUUUGCUACGUCGUCACCCGAUCUUGGUUCAUCGGACAGACGUCGCUGCUCCCUGCCUUGCCCACGGCUACCGUCUGA